GGGUCAUGUCCUCUGACCUGGCCGCGGUGUGGGAGGUGGCUCUCAGUGACAGAGUUCACACCAUCGAGUUUGAACACGGCACCACGACCGGAAAACGCGUCAUCUACGUGGACGGAAAAGAGAUCCUGCGCAGGGACUGGAUGUUCAAACUCGUGGGGAAGGAGACGUUCUCUGUGGGAAAGUCGAGCACCAAAGCCACGAUAAACAUUGACGCGGUGAGCGGCUUCGCCUACGAGUACACGCUGGAGAUCAACGGCAAGAGCCUGAAGAAGUACAUGGAGAACAGGUCCAAGACCACGAGCACCUGGGUCCUCAACCUGGAGGGCACGGACCUGAGGGUGGUCCUGGAGAAGGACACGAUGGACGUGUGGUGCAACGGACACAACAUCGAGACGGCAGGGGAGUUUGUGGACGACGGCACUGAGACUCACUUCAGUCUGAGCGGUCACCUCUGCUGCAUCAAAGCCGUGAGCAGCGGAAAGAGAAAAGACGGAAUCAUUCACACGCUGAUCGUGGACGGGACCGAAGUGCCCGAGUGUACAGAGUGAAACACAGCUGAAACAUCACUGAAACAUGACUGAAACAUCAAAACAUCACCAAAACACGACUGAAACAUGACUGAAACAUCACUGAAACACGACUGAAACAUCAAAACAUCACCAAAACACGACUGAAACAUGACUGAAACAUCACCAAAACACGACUGAAACAUCACUGAAACACGACUGAAACAUCAAAACAUCACCAAAACAUGACUGAAACAUCACUGAAACACGACUGAAACAUCAAAACAUCACCAAAACAUGACUGAAACAUCACUGAAACACGACUGAAACAUGACUGAAACAUCAAAACAUCACCAAAACACGACUGAAACAUGACUGAAACAUCACUGAAACACGACUGAAACAUCACUGAAACAUCAAAACAUCACCAAAACACGACUGAAACAUCACUGAAACUCAACUGAAACAUCACUGAAACACGACUGAAACAUCACUGAAACAUGACUGAAACAUCAAAACAUCACCAAAACACGACUGAAACAUGACCGAAACACGACUGAAACAUCAAAACAUCACCAAAACAUGACUGAAACAUCACUGAAACAUCACUGAAACACGACUGAAACAUCACUGAAACACGACUGAAACAUCAAAACAUCACCAAAACACGACUGAAACAUGACUGAAACAUCACCAAAACACGACUGAAACAUCACUGAAACACGACUGAAACAUCACCAAAACACGACUGAAACAUCACUGAAACACGACUGAAACAUCACCAAAACACGACUGAAACAUCAC